AUGGUCCUCAACUGCGAGGGCGUGUGGAGCAUCGUCCGGCACCCCAACUACCUCGGUGACGCACUCACGCACUUCCCCUUCCCCGUGCUGCCGUGGAGCACAGGCCUGCUGCGCCCGCUCGCGCCAGCCAUGCGCCCUCAAAGACCCCGCCUUCUCUUCAGCCUCUCACCUGCACCCACCACAUACAAUCCAUGGCCGAACAGGAUCGUAUCGUUACGUUACAACGCGCACUUCACCAUCCAGCGCGACAGCCCACUCAGCGUCGCAAUGACCGUUGGCAUCUUCAAAUCCACCAUCCUCCCCUCCUACGGCUUCCACACCGGCCUCUCCCUCAUCGACUACGGUGUCUCCCACUACGCCGACCGCGCCGACGGCAAGGACUGGCUCUGGCCCACGAGCCCUGUCGCCAAUGCCUGGUGGAGCACCCUCAGGCUCGGCACGCGCGUUGUUUACGACGGGCUCUCCCUCCCCGCCGCCUGGGCCCAGCUCACCUACUGUGAGAAGCUCCUCCUCACCGGCGUGACCACCUGGGGUAUCCGCCCCUUCUACCGCAUCGCGUCGCGCUCGCUCCGCUGCGGCACCGAUGACGGCCGUAUGCAAAUAUAG